AUGACGCAAAUAGUAUAUCUGAGCAAAUCCCAAGUCAAGUCAACAAAACCCAGCCGAAUCAACUUCACCCACGGUGAUGCCUUGUGCCACUGGCAGACAACAACAACAACGACACGAAACAACAACAACAACAACAACAACAACAACAACAACAACACAACAACCAAGUCAGAGUCAGGCCACAAACCAGGAGGUCGCCGGAGACGAAAACGGGAAGGCGCUUUGGAGCUGCGCCAAGAAGAAAAAGCUAACAACCCGAAUUUUUUGACAGAGUUUCGCCGCUGUAGAGCCACCAUGGACGUCGUCAAGUCCUCCGUCGCAGAGCAAACCAAAAUUGCUCCACGCCCCGCACGAAAUGCCAGCCAAAAGUCGCUUUUGAGGCCAUCAGACCCCAAAUUCUGUGAAAAUGUGUUGAGUAUUGCCAACCUUGGAGUUGAUCGUUUAGUUUCCACGUCUGAGGAGCUGAGCAACGCAGCAAAGAAAUCCGCCGAGAAGCAAACCCCUAGCGAGCGGCUUCAACGAAGCCGCGAGAGGAACCGCGUUCACGCGCGGAAAACCAGACAGCGCAAGAAGGAGCAAAUGCAAACCUUGCAAUCGAAGGCUGACGAACUCAAGCAGGAGCAAGUCCGUCUGAAACAAUGUAUUAACGAGAAGAACACGGCGAGCAUUCUUGUAGGCCUCUUUGCGACUGCAGGAGAGAAAGAUGUAGGCCAACAGGCAGAAGACCCUCACGUGGAGCGCUUGAUGAAGCGACCAGCUGAAGAGAUUCCUGACGCUAGUAAGAUCACUGAGCUUCCGGCCUUGAUUCUUCCUGGUCAACACAAUUCACGGCGAGGGAAGGCAAUUGGGGGCUCGUCUAAAGCAGAUCUACCAGACGAUGGAAUUGAUUAUCAACUCCUUGGCAAGGACCGAUCCAAGUGCAGUCCCGAGGAACUGGACAAAAUUCGCCGAGAACGAAACCGAAUGCACGCCAAGCGGACUCGUGAUCGAAAGCGUCUCUUCAUGGAAGAGAUGGAUAACAUCUGCAAGGCACUCGCCAAUGAGAAUGAUAUUCUUCGAAACCAUCUUAUUGCUAUUGGAGGAGAAGUACCACCAGCACCCGAAAAGGCAGACACUGAAGAAGAUUAUGAAGACUCUGUUGCUCCCGAGGCUGAGGCUGCUGCAUCUGCGCAAGCUAGCCAAGCGCAAGAAAGUGGGGAGUCUUCCAAUAGCAGCAGCAAGGUUACCAUGGAUCAACUCAUGACCUUGAUUGAGGUUGCAGGUUCUUUCGAGAACAAAGCCAACCCAAUGAAGGGAAUCAUGUCGUUGUCGUCAGUUGCAUCGUCAGUGGCCACUGCUGUUUCUGCAUCUGAUUCCAACAACACCUCGGCUAAUGCAAGCAUCUCAGGGGAACACGACGACCAAGAUUCACGGGGUGGAGAGGAUAUGCCUCCUCUCAAGCGGCAACGCCUGUCACCAAACAAUGCAGGUGUUUCGCUGGGAGUUCCCCAGUCAAUAGCAGCGCUCUGA